GGAGAAACCACAAUUAUCGAAGAAACUACCACAAUUACCGAUUCGCCGCCUCCUCAGUCGCAAGAAGUUAGGGCGCCGCGGCUCAGUGGGGAACUUUGUAGAUAUCCCGGUGCCCCAGCCCAUUCCCACAUAGUAUUCUCGGAUGAAAAUUGGGGACCGGGUACCGUUGCCCUUUAUUUCUGUGAAAGAGGCUUUGAACUCUUAGGUCCAUCCAGAAGGGUAUGCAGCCCAGGUGGACAAUGGUUACCAGAAGGAAUUCCUUUUUGUGUUUUGAACGUUGCUGCCGGGAAAGCCCCCAUGCAGAUAAGUACCGAAGGCGGAGGAAUUCCACAAAAAGCUAUUGAUGGAAGCACAAGUGCUUUCUUUAGUGCCAAUACCUGUACGUCAACUAAACCUGAAAAAAUGGCAUGGUGGUAUGUUAACCUACUAGAACCUUACAUGGUUCAAUUGGUUAGGCUAGAUUUUGGAAAAUCAUGUUGUGGACCCAACAAACCUGCUACUAUAAUUGUGAGGGUAGGAAAUAACAGACCUGACUUAGGAACGAACCCUAUCUGUAACAGAUUCACGGGCUUUUUAGAAGAAGGGCAACCAUUGUUCCUACCUUGUAAUCCUCCAAUGCCAGGAGCUUUCGUAAGCGUUCACCUAGAAACCCCUGUAGCUUCCCAACUGUCAAUUUGUGAAGCAUUUGUUUACACAGAUCAAGCAUUACCAAUCGAGAGGUGUCCACAAUUUAGAGACCAGCCGCCUGGCAGCACAGCUACAUAUAAUGGAAAAUGUUACAUCUUUUAUAAUCGUCAACCGGUUAAAUUUAGGGAUGCGUUAACAUUUUGCAGAAAUAGGGGAGGUACCUUGGUGGAUGAAAGUAACCCGGCUCUUCAAGGGUUUAUCAGUUGGGAAUUGUGGCGCAGGCAUAGAAGCGAUGCAAGUGGGCAGUAUUGGAUGGGGGCGAUCAGGGAUAAACAGGUUGGCGGAUGGAAAUGGCUGGGCGGCGAAGAAGUAACAAUAUCAUUCUGGAACCUACCUGUAGGCAAUGGUGACUGUGCUCGAUACGAUGGCACAAGGGGAUGGUUAUGGUCCGAUACUGAUUGUAACAUGCAUCUUAAUUUCAUCUGUCAACAUCAGCCAAAAGCAUGUGGUAGACCUGAACAACCACCCAAUUCUACGAUGAUAUCGCAAAGUUUCAAUGUUGGGGCUUCAGUAGAAUAUUCUUGUGACGAAGGUCACUUACUUGUGGGCCCUUCGAAGAGAACUUGCUUAGAAACGGGAUUUUACAACGAAUUUCCACCUGUUUGUAAAAAAAUAUCGUGUGGAUAUCCGGCCGAUAUACCUAAUGGAGAAUACGUUUUAGUCAAUGAUAGUGUUGGCUAUUUGAGUAGAGUAAUAUACAGGUGUUUCGAAGGAUUCCAGAUGGUAGGAAGGGCACAACUUGCUUGUGACAUUGACGAAAAAUGGAAUGGACCACCGCCAAGAUGCAUAGGAAUUGUUUGUGAAAGACCUUUAGAAAUUGAAAAUGGGUACUUUGUGUCAAGUAACAACAAUACAGUUUUUGGAACAGUAAUUGAGUACUUCUGUAAUUCCGGAUACAAAUUGAUAGGGCAACAACAAAUUACGUGCAUGUCGCACGGCGAUUAUGAUAGUCUUCUACCAACAUGUGAAGAAAUUUACACGACACAGUCAACGGUAACUGUUCCUGUGACCCCUCCAAAAACUACUCGUCCUUUAAGCGUGCCUCCUCGAACUAGAAUUCGAACCAUUCGUCCUGUACCAACGACAAUUAGAGCGGAAAUUGAUGUGAUUAGAUUGGAAGACAGAGCGAAAUUGACAACCUCAGGAACGACUCCACGAAGUGUCACUAAAAUUACCGCCGGUACGAAACGACAUCAGCAUCCACACAUAAUAGUGGCAGGUCACCCUCAAGAUAACGAAAUAGCAGGGAGCAAUGUUAAUGUUCAACAUGAAGAGGGUCCGCGAAUUAAUGUGCCUCUACCCGAAGAUAGCAGGAAAGAAUUGUUCGGUGCCAAAAUGAACUUUGGAGCAAUCGUUGCUUUGGGAGCUUUUGGAGCUUUCAUUUUCUUGGCAGCAAUUGUUACAACUAUCGUUAUUCUGAUACGAAGUGCGGGCGCUUCUUCCCGCAUGACGUCAUCCCGUCGCCUGCCUUCGGCCAGCGCGAUGCCGUCACGUUGGUACACCUUACUCGCCCUGCCAUUUCCCGACCAGCAAAUUGGCCGUCGGGACUUCACCCGCAACUACAGGAGCGCUCAUCGCGCCGGAUACUUCUCCAACCCAUUAUCUGAAACAGCGAAACAUUAUCGUCAUAGACCAUCACCAGACUGUGGAACGGUAGCGUCCUUUUCCUCAUCCAGUACAGGAUCGCGCAAUGGAGGAUUAAAUCGUUACUAUCGUCAAGCAUGGGAGAAUCUACACGAAUCAGCUGGAAGCAAAGAAGGUUUGAAACAUUCGCCCCUAAGACGCCUAGAGACCAUGGACGAACCACCGUUUAGAGAGAGGAAUCACAGUGUUACCGAUCAUCCGGCAUCAGUCGUUUUGGACAAAGCGGAAAAGAAAAGACACCAUCACCAUCAUCACCACCACGAUAUCAGGGCACCACCAGGGAUAAGGGAACAUAAAAGGUAUUGACAUAAUGGUGUAGUUAGUAGUCGCUCUCCCGUUAUGGUGAUCACCGUUAAAAUUGACGAAUAAAAGACACGCUGGUAAGUACUGUGCUUCGAAUCGUCAGUAUUGAAUUGAAAAGUGAGAAAAUUAUAUUUAGUGUGUAUAUAAACCGGUGCUUUCACAUUUAACACCUUGGUAAUGUAGGUAAUAGAUUUUUAUUAGUACCUAUGAUAAGGAAAGACGUUAAAGAAUAAAGUUAUAAAUGUAUCAGAGUGAGAAGUAUGGUUCAUAAAGUCAAUGCUAAAUUAAAAUAAUGAUGGGAAUGAUGUCCACAGAAAUGCGGUCCAAAUUAUGAAACCCUUUAAUUUCCACCCAAUGCAAAAGUUGAUGAUUUCGUUCAAUAUCAGAAAUUAAGUCACUUCCAUUUAGCGUUGCACUUACCAUAACAAUACUUCUUAUAUCCACGAAUAUUGGGCGAUGAGUUUAAGACUUUUUUAAAAAAAAUUAUAGAAAAAAAUAUUGUCAUGCUACGAAAUAUUAAUUUGUAUUUUCCUGGAGCACGUAUUAGAUUUAAAUAUUUUUUAAUUUAUUUUUUUUCAAUUUUUGUUUUUAAUAGAAUUACAUGUGAGAUUAAUUUCGAAGUUUUUGUUGUAAAUUAACGAUGAAUAUAUUUGCAAACUACUAAGAGAAAAACUUAAAAUUUAUAAAAAUCAUUUUUUUACGUAAAAAUUUCUAAAAAAUGCAGAAACAUUUUUGUUGCCGUAUCUUUUCGAAUAUCAAUUUAUAAAUAUUUACGUAUGUAUAACAGUCCGUAAUACUUGACUUGACCCCCUUCCCCCCCUUUGCGUUACGUAAUUAUGGACAGCCUCUUAUAAUGUGAUUUUAUUCAUUCAAAAUUACUUGAUAACGUAUUAGUUACUUAUGUAUCUACUUAUUUUAAGUAGCUAAGUAAAUUGUAGGUGUUUUAACCAAAAAUAUAAUAUAAUAAUAAUAACAUGUAUAGCUGUAGAUAAAUGUGUAGUAGUGCCAUUGAAUUAGGCAUACGAAAAUGAUCAUCAAAUUGAAUAAUCUAU